AAAAAACUAUUGAAUUAAAUUUUUUUAUUUAAAAAAAAAUGUAGACAAUAGCACUGAUAAACAAUCUGAUAUUGAUAUUGCAAUGUAUUAUGUGUAGGGUUUGUAAGAGUCGUUGGAGAUCUUCAUGUAAUUUUCAUCAAAGAUAAGACGUUGUGUAUACAGGUCUGGAUAGUUUGUGAGGAUAUAUAUAAAAAUGUGUGCAGGCAGUGCAGCCUGGUCUAUCCUCGCCUAGCAAGUGAUGAAGGAAAGUUGAAUCGAGAUUUUAUAAAAUAUUACUCAACUUUAAUACGAUGUCAAAGAGACGAGUAUCUUAUUUUUAUGAUGAAGAAGUAGGCAAUUUUCACUAUGGGCCAAGUCAUCCAAUGAAACCUCAUCGUCUUGCACUUACUCAUAGUCUAAUAUUGAACUAUGGUCUUUAUAAAAAGAUGGAGGUUUACAAGCCAUACAAAGCUACCAUACAUGAUAUGUGCUCAUUUCACUCAGAAGAUUAUAUAAAAUAUUUGGAAAGGAUUACCAGUCAACCAGUUUCUCAGUCAAACAGCAUAAAUCGUUUCAAUGUUGGUGAGGACUGCCCAGUUUUCCCUGGUCUUUAUGAGUUUUGUUCAAUAUACACUGGUGCAUCUCUUCAGGGUGCAGUACAACUGAAUCAUGAGAGUUGUGACAUUGCAAUUAACUGGGCUGGUGGUUUACAUCAUGCUAAGAAGUUUGAGGCAUCUGGAUUUUGUUACGUGAACGAUAUAGUAAUCUCAGUUUUAGAAUUGUUAAAGUACCACCCGCGAGUGCUAUAUAUUGAUAUUGAUAUCCACCAUGGCGAUGGUGUGCAGGAAGCUUUCUAUCUUACCGAUCGUGUCAUGACAUUGUCUUUUCAUAAAUAUGGAAACCAUUUUUUUCCCGGAACUGGAGACAUGUACGAGAACGGAGUCGAUAAUGGACGCUAUUAUUCAGUAAAUGUGCCACUUCGGGAUGGAAUUGAUGAUCAUGGAUUUUUUAGUUUGUUUAAGCCAAUUGUGAGUCAAGUUGUCAAUAUCUACCAACCUUCGUGCAUUGUUCUACAGUGCGGUGCUGAUUCUCUUGGUUGUGAUCGACUGGGUUGUUUCAACUUAAGCAUCAAAGGUCACGGUGAAUGUGUGAAGUUUACGAAGAAUUUAAAUUUGCCUCUCUUGGUCUUGGGUGGCGGAGGAUACACAAUUCGUAACGUUGCUCGUUGUUGGACGUAUGAAACAUCAAUAUUGCUUGAUGAACAAGUUAGUAAUGAGAUUCCUGAAAAUGAAUAUUACGAAUAUUUUGGACCAGAUUUUUCUUUACAUCCUGAAAUUCUAACGAGACAUGAAAAUACUAACACUAAACAGUACCUUGAGAAUAUUAAGCAAACUGUUUUCGAAAAUCUGAAGUUGAUAUCCGGAGCACCUGGAGUGCAAAUGCAAGUAGUUCCUGAUGAUUUAAUAUCCAUUGAAAACAAGAGAAAAGAAGACGAAGAUGCAAACAUCAGAACUGCAGACUACCACAGAAUGGCCAACGAGUUUUAUGACAGAGAUAAUGAUGUUGAUAGGGAAGACAAUGUGUUAGAUGUCUAGUUAAGAUUGUCCUCGCGCGAUGUUCCCUUUUGACUCUGAAAUUUUCACUGACGAUGGGGUUCGUACCUUGGGUACCAGGUUGUACCCAAGAUCCACCAGUUCCAUUUAGGAGUAUUUACCUACAAAAUUUAGUCCCUUCACAGUUCUCGUACAUAGGAGAAUUUUAGGGUAUGGUAUGCCCAAAGUUGAUCGACCCCUCUGCAUUUAACUGAAGUUACUUAAUUCAAAACUUUUAUCUG